AUGAAAAGAACGAUCCGACCCCAAUUCAACGCUGAAGACGAUGACGAAGAUUUGGAACAAUUACAACGCGAAUUCUUUGAGAAAAAGGUGCAACCAUCAGCCUCGGUAGUGCGUGGUGGCCUACCACCAUCGACAGCACCAGCACCAACAACAACAAUAGGAGGUGCAUUGGCGUCCAUGCCAACGCUCGAAAACGUCGAAAGUGACAUGCCAGCAUUAGAAGGCGUCGCCGAUCCCAAUCCACAGCAGCCUCACGUUCCUGAGGGCAGGAAAAUGCUCGAUCUGACGUCGUUACUAGGUAAUAUUCUCAGCGACGUGACAGAAAACAAGGUGGAAAAAGUCGAAGCACCGUCAUUGAAAUCAGGCACGGAACGAUCACAGCAACACGUCCAAGGAUUCCCAAAACCAGCGCGACGGAGCGUGUUCAAAAUGCGCAUGGAGGCCAAAAAUAAAAGCGCAACGCCCGAACAACCACAACAGACAACAACAACAACAACAUCCGCAACACAAGACUUUGAACGAGACAAUGUGGAUCGCAUUGCCAACAUGACUGAGGAAGAAAUUGAAGCCGCACGAAAAGAAAUCGUGGACAGUUUAAGCGCAGACUCAAUAGCCAUGUUGAUGAAUCGAGGAGGAAAGAAGAGCAAAAAGGACUCUGCGACAAUGAUGGAACAAGGCAAUAAUGAAGAAGACAAAGACGAUGAUGACGAAGGAGAAGAGGAUCUGAUGGUGAUGAAGGAACGAUACUUUGCGGAUGUGCCAACUGAAUACGAAAAGCUUGCAUGGAUGGACAGUCGUUUCGAUGUGAACCCCAAAAACCCUCAAGAACAAGAACAGGAAGGACAGGAGACCAGUGAAGAGGAUAAAAUGUAUCGUCGUUUGCGAUUCGACUUUCAGGGCAAACCCGUGGAUCCCAAUGCUGAUUUGCCUGUGCAUCAGGGUCUCCAUCACCAUGGGGACGAGCCCGACAAGGCAGGUUACACAUUGGCCGAACUCUUUUAUCUUGUCCGCAGCCAAGUAGCUCCGCAGCGUACCAUGGUGCUGAAUACUUUAGCAAGAAUACUGCGCAAUGCAAAAGCAAAUAGAGGAACGGAGCUUUGGGAUAAGGUACUGGCCCUGUUUUAUCGCCCUGACUUGGCAGCCACCAUCUACUUGCGAUCUGCCAUGGACGAUCGGCAUCUGGUUGUACUUGUAGCUGCUGUACAGGCUAUGGCAGCGCUUGUAUUGGAAAAGGGUGAUGAAUUAGACGAAGAACCAGUACUGGAUGUCGAACAAUUUAAUGAAUACCUUGGCUACGUGGCACGACCCCAUGUACAAGUACAAGAGGAAAACGGGGGAUUGGGUGAAAAGUUUGCAACCACCGUUGACCGUUUACGAGGCAAGGAUCAAGAAGAUGAUGAAGAAGAGGAACCAGAAGACGAUGCACAGCUGGCGCAACGCGAUUUGACCAAAGGAUUGCUGCGUAUGAGCAUCUUGCCGCGCAUCCGAUACCUGACGUCGCGCAACAGUGAACUCGAUUCCAGAUCCAUUGAUUUGCUUGUUCGGGUUUUGAUCCGGCUUGCCAAGUCCGGCGCUGAGGUUUGCGAGUCGAUUUUGGAACACGAUUUGGUGGACCAAGUGUUAGCAUGGGGUGUCCUGGAGCGCGAGUGGCCAAUGACAAGUCCAGAAGAAGAUGAGAAGGAUGUGUACCCGAGCUUAGCGGCUUUACGACUGCUGACGAUAUUGGCACAAGGCAGCCGUCGAGUCGCUGAAGCAAUCAAUGCAAAGGCGACUUGCUUACUGCAAUACUUGGCAACACCACCCAAUGUGGCAUGUCCAUCCCUGCAAAAGCGCGCGUAUGCACUGCAAGUGGAAACGAUCAAACUGCUCAGGGUGCUUGUUUGCUACGGCCUCGUGAUGCCUGCGCUUCAAGAUCUGCAUGAGCCCAUGAUGUCGUGGUUAAGGGCUGGUCUUACCCAGAACAUGCUCGACGAUGCACGCGCAGCUACUACGAUCAGUCUGCUUGAAAUAUCAUUGCAUGCUGCAGCAGACCCACACAAGACAACACCUGCACAUGCCAUUGACUGGCAUCAGCCUACAGCGUUCAUUCCAGUGAUCCUGGCGAUCCUGCGGACGCGCGAACCAUCGAUGAUGCUUGAUACGGCGGUGGGAUACUUUGCGACGUUGGCCAGCUACAUUGACCGGUUUCCAACGGUGGAUGACACCAUCACGACGGCGGACAUAUGGAAGGUUGCAGUGGAGAAACUUGCAUCCACCGCAGCAGUAAGGAGUAGCUUUAGCAACAGCGUUCUACGCUACGUGCAGCUAUUGGGUGCAUUUGCAUCGGCCAAGACGUUUGAGUCGGAUGCAGCGGCCAUAUUAGCAUCGCCUUCGGUGACAAGACUCGUCAAGCAAGUACACAACAACGGCUUUCUUGGCAGAUUAGCACUGUGGUCGUGGGCGAUUCAUGUGAAAGACAGGUCUGUCCGGAUCAAGUUAUGGGGCAAGGCUGAUGAUGAUGAUGGUUACGAUGCAGCUGAGCUCGAAUCGACCGUUGGCAGCGUGCAUGUGGGUGCAUUGGAGAUGCAAUUAGCGCGAAACCUGGUGCAGCAAUGUGUACUCGACCGGUUUAGCAGCAAAUUGGCCUCGACAUUGGCUCUGUUUUAUUUACGGGAAAGUACAUUUACGACGGAAUGUCCACUAUUAUUAGACCACGAUGGACCUCGGCUCAAAACGCUGGUGUAUCCCGACAGGCAGCAACCGGACACUCCUCCCAGUGCCACUGCAUGGGUAUUUUCACCAAUCGACGAGAUGUACCACAUGGACAAGUCUUGCCUUGCACAAAAGUGUACGCACAGCUCAGCCGAUGUCGUUGGAGCCACAUUGGAGGCCGCAGCGGUGCUACUGAACACAAAUGUGGAUCGUGACAUGGCCAUUGUGUCUCUGAUGAAGGUGUUUAUGGUUACAGAGCGAGACGCUUCUGACCGAGAGGUGUUCUGGGACGAUCGAGUGACACGCCUGGUGGACGACUGGCUUGACCGACUCUUCCUUGGCCCAUCAUCAUCAUCAUCAUCAUCCUUGCCACUGUGUCAGCGCAAGACAGAUGCGGGCUCUCUCGAAGCUGCAUGGCGGAGAUCAUCGGCUCUCAUCCGACAGCCGUUCUAUCAGUUUUAUCAGGCAUUUGUUGCUCAGUAUGCAUCCGUGUCAUUCGGACAUUCAGGAUUCGCACGCCUUUUGGCCUAUGUGGUCACUCAAGCUGAUGCGAUCGAUUACAAGUAUCUCGUGUGGAGCGACUACCGUGACAUAUUGCCCACGAUUAAGGUGAAGCCAGAAGCACUGCCCCGUCCUGAUGCCGGCGGACCAGAGGAAAGGGCCAACAACACUGCGCUGUUGAGGGCGUACAUGUCUGCAGUGGCGGAAAGCAAGGUGGAAGGAGCGCUGCGGGAGUUUGCAGUAAGCGAGCUCGAGGCAGCAGCAGCAGCAGGAUUCACAAAUGAGGGUAUCAAGGAUGCUGAUGUACCAAAUAACUUGAAGCGGGAUAUUCGUGAUCUAUUGAAUAAAUAA